CCAGCGUUUGCAUAAGAGAUUGAGUCGGAUUUGAUAUCUGUUUUUUGUUGCUGCUGCCUCCAGCUGAUCUGCCGACACACCGCCAUGUCUUUCUGUCAGUUUCUCGGCGGUGAGAUCUACAAGGAUCAUUUCAAACCAGGAAUGUACGUGUGCUCCAAGUGCAACCAUCCCCUGUUCUCCAGCCGAUCCAAGUUUGCUCACUCGUCUCCCUGGCCGGCGUUCACAGACACCAUCAGAGAGGACAGCGUCACCAAGAUGAUGGAGACGCUCACCGCCUACAAGGUCCUGUGUGGAAAAUGUGGCAACGGACUGGGCCAUGAGUUUGUGAAUGAUGGUCCAGAGGAGGGAGUGUCACGUUUUUGAAUAUUCAGCCACUCGCUCAAGUUUGUCCCCAGCAAAGGCAAGGACAAGCAGUAAAGAGCGAGUUUUUCCCUCCGGCUGUUGCCGUAUCUGCUGCUCAGCCACAACUCCGGUGAUCAGUUCGGGUCAGUGGGUGACGUGAACGGGAGAAAGUCCUGACAGGGACGUCCUGUCCACUGAGGAAUCUUUGACCUGCCUGUGACACACAUCUCUGCAAAUACUCCUUUAAAAACAUUCCUGGAAACCCCAGCACAUGAACUCUGAUGUCACUCCUAAUAAAAUGUAUCAGCAGAUGCAUGUUUAUGUAGCAAGAAUUUAAUUGUUAAAAGGUCUUCAUCAGGCAGUUUCCUGCCUCUUAUUGCUGCUAUUUUUUUCAUUUCACAUGUAAUAACUUCUUUAUUAUUUAGCUUAAUGUACUGAAACUAGCAGGGUUGAGUUUGCACACAUUUGAAUCUAGUUUUCAACUUUCCAGAAGGUACUGUACAUGUAACCAUAUUAUCUAUGCACCGAACUGCCUGCUGAUUUUAAAAUCAUGCAAUAGCAAAGAAACUGUAAGAAUUUUUAUUUUUCUUCCCAUUUGUUACAUACUGAAAGCUGAUUUACUCACAUGGGUUUAAUUUCUCUGCACCAUUUGCUGGCUCUUGUCACCAUUUAUCAGCAAUUAUCCUCCACGAAAAUCUAAGUUUAGAGCAAAUUCACAGAAUUUUCAUUUAACUUGAAUUCUUUGUGUUUUGAUGCUCGUAUUAAGACAAAAACAAUAAAUUAUAUUUGAUAUAU